UUAACGCCGAUAUGUGGAUACACCUGUACGAUACAAAACAAACAACGCAAGUGUAGUACUACUACUCACCUUUCGACAUGCCCUUCUUGAAAGCAACUUAGCGCAGCUUAACACGAAACAGAGGAAUUAGGAAAACUGUCGAAUAUCAUACGAAUUUAGCAUAGAAUUCCAAAUAGAUUCUCUAAAACAGUGAAAUGGCUUAAAUGAGAUAUAGGUAAAGGAGUUGAAAUGUGGAAAAACGGUGCUCUUAUUUUAUUUGGUCUGUGUUUUGUUGAAGCACAAAUUCAUCUUAUCGACUCAAGGUGCUAUCUGGCCGAAGGAGGUUCUGCAGAAAAUUUUCUCGCAAGUGAGGAUGCUGCAGUUGGAUCAGUUCUAGGUGUGCUGAGCAUAAAUGGAGAUCCAAAAAGCGAUAUAUCACUAUCUCUGCGUGAAAAGGAUUCGCCGGUCACUAUAGCUUCUCUGUCAAAGAAUAUAAUCUUGAGCAAACCGCUCGAUAAAGAAGGUUUAGAAGGACCAGCAUCAGUGUAUGUAAACGUUAUUUGUGACAGAAGAAUGAGCAAUGAUCCGAGCUUCCUCAUACCAGUCAACAUACGUGUUACAGAUGUAAACGAUAACUCUCCUGCAUGGGUUGGUGCACCUUACUUUGUUAACAUAUCUGAAGUAACAAUAGUUGGAACAAGAAUUUUGCAGGGUAUUCGAGCAAUCGAUAUGGAUCAACCUGGACCUUACUCUACGAUUGAGUAUCAAGUUUUACCAGGACCACAUUCUAAAUUUGUGGCCUUCAUUUCACCUCUGGAAGGAACUCUUGUAUUGAAGCAUGAACUGGAUUAUGAAACACUUAAAAAUCUCACCAUUGUACUACGUGCUCAAGAUCAGGGUGUUCCUCCGAAAUAUUCGGACACCACACUAACUAUUUUCGUAUUAGAUGCCGAUGAUCAAAAUCCAAAAUUCAAUCAAGAUGUUUACCAAGGAUCUUUCCAAGGGGAUUCCAUACCUUCAACAGUAAUAUUUCAUCCAGAAUCCAUUAGAGCAAUUGAUCAAGAUUCUGGAAUAAACGCUUCAUUAAUUUACUCGAUUGUUCCUUCAUCUCAAUCGACAUUUUUCACAAUUGAUCCCAAAACAGCCGUGCUGAGAAUAGCAAAACAUUUCAAUAGCUCGAAUACAGUAACGUUAGUAGUAAAAGCUACACAAUCAGAUAACGUAGAUCGGUACGCUUUGACUACAGUAAUACUGUCUCAACUGCAUUCUACUAACAAUGAGAAAGCAGCAUUUAUACGCUCUAGUUAUAGAGUAAAGAUAAAAGAAAAUUACAAUCCAGGUAGUACCGUAUUGAAUCUUGUUACAAAUAAUGUGGCAUGGAAUAAUAAUUUCCGAAUUUUAAACGAAUCAGAGUUAUAUUGGUUCUCAGUUGAUCAAAAUGGUGACAUAAAAUUGAACAGAUGGUUAGACUAUGAAACACAACCUAUCCAUAAAUUUACAGUACAGUUAAAUGAUGGAAGUAAUCAGGAUUUUACGGAAGUACUCAUUGAAGUUUUGGAUGUUAAUGAUUGGGAACCUCGAUUCAGGAAGCCACAUUAUAUUUUUGAAAUUAGGAACCUCACAAAGAUGUCAACUCCAUUUUUUAUAGGCAAAGUGGAAGCAGCCGAUGGAGACGUUAGAGAUAAAAUUACUUACGCAAUUCAAGGGGAGCAUGCAAAUUUAUUCUUUAUAAAUUCAAGCGGAAAUUUAUGGUUAAAGUAUAACAUUACUGAUAAGAAAAUAUUCAAACUCCAUCUCAUUGCAACGGACUCAGGAUUUCCACCAAAGUCAACAAGUGUUCCUCUUUCUAUUGAUUUCGAAGAUAUAAGUGAAUCGGCUUUGAAAUGGACGACUACCACCAUAAGCGCUUUGACGGCUGUAACCGUACUGUGUGUAUUAGCAACUCUUGCUGUACUCAUUUAUUUCUGCAGAUUGUCGGUCAAUAAGACAAAUAGGAAUGUUCCAAUGUUGAUAAGUAGAAGCAAAGCUUUGAAUAAAAGUUCAAAUAUAGGAAUCAUAACAGCUAACAACACCCGUGGAUCCAACAGUUCGAUAAGUGCAAGUGCAUCAACCAUCAUUGCUGCUAGCCUUGAGAGAGAUCAUGAUUCGUACACGACUACAAUAAGAGAUAUAGUUAAUCGGGCUCAGCAACAUAAUAAGCCGACAAUUCGCAGCAGCGACAUCGAGCAGGAUUCUUUGACGAAUUCUGAAAAUGGAUUUCAUUGCACGUUCCCCAGCAACCAAAAUAGUACGAGCUGGCACCAGAGGAGCUCAAUGCUGGGUGCAAAAGUAACAAGUGACAACGACGCCAGUAAUGGUGAGAAUAAGUUAACAGUAUAUUUUUAAUAAAUUUAAUAAAUGAUUAAACUGUUAGUUAAGAGCACCAACAACAAAAA